AUGGCCACUAAGAACCAAGUCUACAUUGCCGUCAUUGGCGCCGGCGGUGUUGGCAAAUGCUUCCUCUCCCAGCUGCGAGGCCUCGCUGCCCGAAAGCCGUCCCCCAAGCUAAACCUCUGCUACGUCUCCACCAGCCGCAAGGCGCUCUACAAUGACGAUUACAGCGAAGUCAACAUGGACGGCGUCGCCGAGGCCCUGGCCGCCUCGUCAAAACCCCCCCCUGCCCUUUCCAAGGUCAUCGACUACCUCGCGGCCGCACCCGCCAAGGCGGUCCUGGUCGACAACACCAGCUCGCAAGAUGUCGCCGAGCUGUACCCUCUCGCCCUCAGCCGCGGCGUGAGCAUUGUCACGCCCAACAAGAAGGCCUUCUCCGGCUCCUACCAGCUGUGGCAAGACAUUUUCACCGCGGCCGCGACCUCGGGCGCAAAGGUCUACCACGAGUCAUCGGUCGGCGCGGGCCUGCCCGUCAUCUCCACGCUCAAGGACCUGGUCGAGACUGGCGACAAGGUCACCAAGAUCGAGGGCGUCUUUAGCGGCACCAUGUCCUUCCUCUUCAACUCGUUUGCGCCCACCUCGGGACAGGGGGGCUCGUGGUCCGACGAGGUCAAAAAGGCCAAGUCGCUUGGCUACACCGAGCCGGAUCCGCGAGACGACCUCAACGGGCUUGAUGUCGCACGGAAGCUGACCAUCUUGGCGCGCCUCGUCGGGCUCCCGGUCGAGUCUCCGACGGCCUUUCCCGUGCAGAGCCUGAUCCCCAAGGAGCUCGAGUCAAGCAGCAGCGGCGACGAGUUCCUUGAGAAGCUUCCGGCCUUUGACCAGCAGAUGGAGGAGACCAAGGCCACGGCGCAAAAGGCCGGCAAGGUGGUGCGGUUUGUUGGUAGCAUUGACGUGGCGGCCAACAAGGUCAAGGUGGGAUUGGAAAUGUUCGAUCUGACGCAUCCGAUCGCCGCGCUCAAGGGGAGCGACAACAUCAUCAGCUUCUACACGGAGAGAUAUGGGAGCAAUCCGCUGAUUGUGCAAGGCGCGGGAGCUGGCGGAGAGGUGACGGCCAUGGGUGUGACGGGAGAUUUGCUCAAGGUGGUUGCCCAGAUUUCAUAG